AUGCAUAAAAUUGUUCAUAUUCCUGAAAAUAAAAAUUCUACCCAUUAUUUUAAGGUUACAAUCUCCUCAAGCAAGGCGAAACAUUACCAACCCUCCACCGAGCUAGACCUGUUGGCCGCGCUGUCACUGCACAAUACAACGCGGCCUGGAGUCACAAUAAUCCCUGGUAUGCAGCCUCAGCGAACAGCCUACACCCUUCAAGGAGACACCCGGUCACUGCAGGUCGAGGGGGCACCCUUCGAGCGCGCCGCUGAACUUCUGCGACGGUCUCCUGAAUUCACGCUUCUCGCCACUUUACGCCAAGAGCCGGCCAAUUCCGGCACCAUCCUGUCUUUCUCGCACGGCUUCAACAGGUACCUGGAGCUGCAGUCGAGCGGGCGCCGCGACGAGGUGCGCCUCCACUACGUGGCCGCGGGGGCGACGACGCCUCGAGUCGAGACUUUUCCCUUCAGGCUGGCGGACGGCGCCUGGCAUCGCGUAGCGCUCGCCGUGUCCGGUGCGCAAGCGACGCUCUUCGUGGAUUGUCAUCCGCUGUACCGCCGGCUGAUACCACCUCCGGAUAGGAACUUCACGAAGCCUCAGCUCGCUCUUUGGGUCGGGCAAAGAAAUAGCAAGCACUCCUUAUUUAAGGGUUCACUCCAAGAAGUGAGAUUGGUGAGCGGCCCCCAUGGAUAUUUAGUUCAAUGCCCUGGAUUAGAUUCAGAGUGCCCUACUUGUGGUCAGUUUGCGCUGCUGCAGGCCACCGUUCAAGAAUUAACUUCACAUAUUCAUGAUCUUUCGCUUAAGCUCGUCGGGACCGAGGCAAGGCUGAAACGGUUAGAACAGUGCGACUGUCAAAAGUCCUGUUACUCUAACGGCACGGUUCACGCAGACGGUGCCACUUGGCAGAAGGACUGUAAUCGCUGCUCGUGUGUGCACGGCGAAAUAACGUGUCGACCGGUGGAGUGCGAUAGAGCGGAAUGCAAAAAUCCAGUUUUACAUCCCGGUGAAUGCUGUCCCACGUGCUUGAGACAAUGCUUACUCAAGGGCACUCUUUACGAGCACGGGGAAAGGUUCGCCCCUAAAGAGUGCGCAGAAUGCGUCUGCCACGACGGGAACAUGCAGUGCACCCGGGUGGACCCCGAAACGGCUUGCCCCCCACUGCCCUGCGAUCCCCCGGAUCAGUUUACUGUGCCCGGGGAGUGUUGUAAAUUUUGUCCAGGCGUGGACUACUGUAGCAUGGGUCACUCGUGUGACGAAAACGCGACAUGUAUGAAUCUCAAUACAAAAUACACUUGCAAGUGUAAUCAAGGCUUUCAAGGAGACGGACUCUCUUGCGAAGACGUAGACGAGUGUCAACAAGCGGGGGGUCUGUACGGCCACCACUGUCACUCGAAUACGCGAUGUGUCAACGUCCUGGGAAGCUACGUGUGCCAGUGCCUGCCCGGGUACACCCGCAAAGACAAAUUCAACUGCGUCGAGGUCGACGAGUGCGCGAGUCAGACGCACGGCUGCCACGAGGACGCGCAGUGCGCCAACACGCCCGGAUCUUACACGUGCCAGUGCAGGGAAGGCUAUACGGGAGACGGCUACGCUUGCACCCCAAUUUGUACGGGUGGGUGUCUCAAUGGCGGGGUUUGCGCGGGCCCCGAGCGCUGCGCGUGCGCGCACGGGUUCGGCGGAACGCGUUGCGAGCGGGACGUGGACGAGUGCGCGCCGCCGGCACACCCGUCCGCGCACGCGCCUUGCGUGCCGCGAGCUAGCUGCGUCAACACGCCUGGCUCUUACUACUGCGUUUGCAGAGACGGCUACAGACGAGACCCGCACAGAGACCAUUGCGAAGACGUAGACGAAUGCGCCGAAGGCUUUCACACUUGCCACCCCAGUGCUCGCUGCGUUAACGUAGAAGGAGGCUUUCGCUGUGAAUGCGAUACGCAGCCCUGCGAGCUUAGUUGUUCCUGGCAAGGCAACAUAAUCCCGGACGGAUCGCGGUGGAAGGAAGCGGGCGGUUGCCGAGCUUGCUCGUGUGACGCUGGAAUCGCUUCGUGCGCGCGCGCACUCUGCGCUUGUGAUACAGACAAUACCUCACUAGCGAUGGACAGUUCAGAGAACGAGAUGAGAGUGGCGCCGGCGUCUUGCUGUCCGCAUUGCGAGCCACGUUUUCAUUGCCGCCACCAGGAGAUGCACCACGUGACUUUUCGAAGCGGGGAGCGCUGGUUGUACCAAUGUCAGAUAUGCGAAUGCCUCUUGGGUGAAGUGGACUGUUGGGAGCCGGAGUGCGAAGAAGGCGGCGGAUGCUGCGCGGGCGGCGAAGCGGGCGCGGCGGGCGAGUGGCGCGCGCCGCACCGCCUCGAGCUGGCCGGCUGCGCGCCCCCGCACUGCGCCGCCUGCGCUGUACGUACACCCCGCUUCUUUUAA